AUGGCCGCACCAGUCACGUCCGAUCAUAUACCCCCAAGCACCGCUUCUUAUGUCUUUGCGACCGCUGUCAUUGCCGGCGUCAUUGGUUACUUUGCAGGCCAAGGUGCGUCGCUCGGCCUAUUCUCAUCCUCUUCAGCCAGAUCAAAACAAUCGACUCGAAAAGCACAAGAUGAAGAGUCGGACUCCGAGGACUCCGAGGACGAGGAGGCUGAAGAUGUAGGCGAGUUAGCAACAUUCGAUGGGAAUCAUGACGAAGUGAAACUCGUGCUUGUUGUGCGGACGGACUUGGGCAUGGGCAAGGGUAAAAUCGCCGCUCAGUGUUCGCAUGCCACGCUCGCGUGUUACAAAUAUUUCGUCGCCAAGUCUCCCAAUUCACCCAUACUCAGACGGUGGGAGCGUCAAGGUCAGGCAAAAGUGGCACUGCAGGUCAAAACAGAGGAGGAUAUGCUCUUGCUACAAGCACAAGCUAUGAGUCUAGGUCUCUGCGCACGCGUGAUCCAAGAUGCUGGACGAACGCAAAUAGCUAGUGGAAGCAGAACAGUGCUGGGCAUUUUAGGGCCCAAGACAGUGGUUGAUCAAGUGACCGGUCACCUCAAACUUUUAUGA